AUGGCUCGUGUAUUGCACCUUGUGGGCGGUCCUUCUCCACCUGCGCACAUAGUUGUUCUCAGCCCUGUCACCCGUCCACCGCUUGUGCCCCCUGUGAGAAGCCCUGCGAAGUCCGUUGCAGGCACAACAAAUGCCCGAAGAAGUGCAGUGAACCGUGUGUACCUUGCGCUGAGAGGUGUGGCUGGAGUUGCAGUCAUCGGCAAAACAAUAUUUGCAGCCUGCCAUGCGCAGUGCCCUGCAGUAUUGUCCCUUGUGACAAGCGAUGCGACGUUCUUUUGGGUUGUGGCCAUCAAUGCCCAAGCAUCUGUGCGAUAUGACGACAUCAAUGUCAAUGAAGAUCCAUUGAUCUUCCUGUCUUGCGGCCACUACUAUACAGUUUCCAGCCUCGAUGGUAUCAUGGAAAUCAAGGAAUACUACAAUGUUCAUCCUCACACAGGCACUAUUGUCAGUCCGCGACUGUCGCGACGUGUGAUGAGUGACGACGCGAAACUUCCUGGAUGCCCAGAGUGCCGUAUGCCACUUCGGGAUAUCCACCGGUAUAACCGGAUAGUUAAGAAGGCAUUACUUGAUGAGUCAACUAAGCGGUUCAUUGUCACAGCCAAUUUGGCGUACAAAAAGCUCGUUAUCGCAAUCGAAAAACAUGAGACACAGCUAGAAGAAGAAGGAGCGGAGCUCAUACGCAAGCUUUCAAUGGGGGAAGAACAGUCUGGCCACUCCCAUAAUGCUAACCUGUUCAAUGCUUACUGCAGGAAAGGCAGCCUCGAAAAUGUAAUCCAAAAGUUCGUCAAUUCCAUGGCGGCUGCAGAGCAACCCUACGGAAGGGUCAAUAAUCUGCUCGCAUCAGCAGCCGUCGGGCAAAACAGUAUACGGACCGAUUCCUAUAGCACGGAUGAUUCAAAGAUCCAAACUGGAUUUCAGAUCCGCGGCAAAUGCCUCCAACUGAGGCUCGCCUGGGCUAUGCUGUGGGGUUAUCGGAGGAUUUACAUUGUCCCAGCGGUUGACUCGGAAAUCCGUUCCGAGCUGCGCAAUGUGGUAGCGAACCAAAUCAAGAGCUUAUUGGACACUUCUAUCUCCGUCUGGGAUGACAGCCAGGCCGCAAAACUUUUAGCAGAGCAGGUCCAAGCAAUGGUUUACUAUGCGCUGUUUUGUAUACUAUAUCUGAGUAAUUGCGAGGAAAAAGGUCAACAUCUCGAUAUGGAUACAGCCACCAAACUCCGCCAGAACGCUUCAGAUACUUUGGAAAAAUGCGACAAUCUACGGAAUGACAAUCCAGGAACACUAGGCUUUCUACAAGAUGACAUCGAAAAGGCGAAGAGGUUACUAAACGGUGGAACGUUCUAUAGCUUUGUGACAGCCGAAGAAAAGCGACAAGUUUUACGGUCGGGGAAUGUGGAAUGCCGAUGGAAGCAGCCCGAUGUCUUCAAUGCGGAGAAGGAGUCGGGGGACAUAACCAUGAGUCCCUACCAGGAGUGCGUCGCGCGCACGAUAUCGAGCAAGCGUUUGGACAUCUUUAGCAAUUCUGUUUACUUUAACCUUAACGCUGCAAUUAACUAUGGCGGUGCCGGCAGUGGAUAUUUUGGCACAGUUUGUGCUUGCGACCUAUACUCAUAA